CUUCGAUCUUAUUUUCCCCUUCUUCUCCCUAUCGCAUAUAUACCGAACUCCCUCGAGGAUUGCAGUCAAACUUCGCCCGCCUUCCACCGCAGCCUUCUUUCCCCGUCGUUUAACAUCGUCGACGGACUUGUCUGCUACGUCCUUCACGCCUCAAUGACCACUGUAACCGCUCGCCUACAAUCACCCUCCCAUCCCAAUCCCCCAUCUCAAUCUCAUCCUUUCUCGACAACUUCUCAGUCACCGUUUCAAUUACGACCGAUAUCACCGCAUCCUCAUUAUCCACACUUACCUCCGCAUCCUCAGCCUAGUCCGGAACGGAGGUACAAAGCCAAUAUCGACAAAGAACGAGACAGAUUCACACUUGAUAGGAGAGGACAUGAACGAGUCGAGCGAGUCGAGAGGGAAAGAAGAGAUAUGGAACACGAACGGAGAGACUUGUCUUUGCGAGAUGAACGUGAGCGAGGAGUGGGAGAUCGUCGUGAAAGAAGUGUCUCAAGGGAGCUUCCUGUCAGGGAUAGACGAGAACUGGCUUUGAGAGAAGAAAGAGAGUUCAAAGAACACGGAAAGCUGAGAGACAAUGGAAGAGAAAGAGAUAGGGACUCGAGGAGGCCAUUGAGUCCGAGUUCAUUGAAAGACAUUAACCUCCCAACCCCCAUCUCGCCACACUCACCGUUAGACCCUAACUCCUUGUCACCAGGGCUGCACCCGCGAGAUCCCAAUAGCACACUCCCUGCACCUCCAACCGGCCACGAUUUAAUGGCAAUGUUUCCUGCUCGUUCACCGCACCUAGCAAAACCACCUCCGGAAGCACAUGCCUCUCAACACCGUGUUGAAUCAUCAACUUCAGGAUACUUCCAACGGCAAGAACGAGCUUUCUUCGCCCAAGCCGGGCGAGAGAUCAUCAGAGUCAGGUUAGAGAUCGACAGUGCCGGUGAUAAAUACCCUCCCGCGCCGCUCGAGAAAAGUUUCAGCACGUCGCCUCAUAUGCAUCACCCCCAUUCUUCACCUGAGGCUGCCCGAUACCAGCUUCCGCCUCAUCCUCAUCCUCAUUCACACCCACACUCCCACUCCCACCCUCAUGCAGUCUCCCCUGGGAGCGCAGAUGCAAUCACUCCUCCUCCCAUGGAGGGUGUGCGAUCCGCUAUACUUUCAGACGGGAUGGAGGGUAUCGAAGGACCUGAUGAUGAAUCGUGGCGCCGACCCAUGCCGUAUGCAGAGAGGAGACGAGCGGGGAAACAUACGAGGAGGGUUGUUGUGAGGAACUGAAAGCAGGAAGGUUUUGCUUGAUCAUUCUGCGUGCAACUCAUGACCAUGAUCUUCUUGACAUCUGCUGCAAGCUAUCUAUGUUACGUUACUCUUCGUACUUUUUGCUCUAAUGCUCUCCAACGUUGUUCCGUUGUCGUUCCUGUUCCUCGUUCCUCCUUCUCUCUGUCAGUUUCCCUCAUCUCACCGUCGAUUGUUCCAAAGUCCCACAUGUACACUUUACAUUAGUCUGUAUUACUUACCUAGGCCUACUCAUGAAAUCUACUUGGCAACUCUACCUACAUGUACCUAUCGUUGCCGGCCAAGCACAAUACAUACAUUAACUUGAUAUGUGUUGAAUGCCGCCAGAUCAUUUACCUGC